ACCCAGUCCCCAUAGACUCUUCCGUAACAGAACCUCUAAGGUUGUUUUGUUUUCGGUCGCUGUCAUCACAUCAACUGACGACAGAUAAAAUUUGUAUAAAUUCGAAAUAAAAAAAAGCAGAGGCAGAGGACUCCCAUCAGAAUCUGAGAGCGAAGAGAAGGACAUGUCGACGGCUCCCGAGGAUCGAUUGCGGGAGAACCUGAACCGCUGCCUAUCGGAUGCUCUGGUUAAGGGAAUCGGGGGGCUGGUGAUCGGAUCGGUGGUCACCCUGCUCUUCUUCCGUCGCAGGAUCUGGCCCAUUUGGCUGGGCACCGGAUUCGGAGUGGGCAUGGCCUACAGGGGCUGCGAGAAGGAGCUCAACUCCCUCAAGUACAAUCCCCACGAGUGACGAGCUCACAUCACCGAUGCUCUCACUUAACUGAUGACGAACUUGGACUUGGACUUGGACUUGGACUAGUGGCAUGUGGCAUGUGGCGUGUGAUUGGCAAACUAUUUUGUUUUUAAUUCUGGAUGCCUCUGUGGAAGCAAAUGCAAAUUAAUAUUUCACUUCAAAGCAUUACAUUUCUUGUAUUUA